AAAGUUGAAACUAGACGAAAAGAUGGUAUUAUCAGCGAAGAUAUCAACAUAGCCGAGGGUAGAUGGUUAAUGAAAGUAAGAAACAAAAGGGGGCCUAGAAUGCUUCCUUUAGCGGCCCAUUGUGUAACAAUAAGUAAAGCCGAAUUGGUGCCGUUUAUGCGGACAUACUGCUUUCCAUUGGCACGAUUCUCUAAAUAAUUGUAAGUUAAAAUCAUCGCUUUAACAUGCCUUCAGUUUAGCAAGAAGAGGGUCAUGUCUAUUAUAUUCAACGCACAUAAGACCAGCCACAUUAUUGUUGUCAAUAUCAAAGAGCGACUUGUUCUACUGUAAACUGCAUCAAUACAGUUUCGGUUGAAUUUUCUUUUUCCAAAACCAGACUAAAAUCCAUAGCGCAGGUUAUUCAUAGAAAGGUGCGAGUACACUGAGUCAUAGAUAUGCCUCUCAAAGCUCUUAAUUGAAUCAGAAGAGCCAAAAUUGGACGAAAAUUAGAAAAUCGGUGAAUGUCGAAAAAAUUGUGUUACCCGUUCUUACGCUGACAACCUCUUAAAAUUCCGCAUGCAAUUUUGCACGCCAAGCAAAGUGAAAUAUAAACGUUCGAAACCAUAGGAAUUUUUUUUUGGUAAUUUUUUUUCGCCGCUGCAUCCUUUUUUUUAAAUAACAACAUUUGCUUGUUUGUUUGUUUGUUUUUUUCAGAAUGCUUUCAGAUAAUCGAGUGGAGUUUAUUGGAUCAGAAGCAUUUACAGUUCCAAGAAAUGACCUAUUAGUGUAAGUUUUCUAUGUACUGUAAUAAAGAAAAAACAAUUUUUUUUCUUUUCUUUUUUUGACUCUAUUUUUUAAAAUAUUUAUCUGGAAUAAAUCCUCGUUUCCAAUAUUAUCUAUAAAAAUUCUGGAAUAAGCUCUUGAUCUUCAGAACGCUUUUCUUGACUUCAUAAUUGAGCAAGCAACUUUAAAAACUCGAAAGCUUUUUCUUCUUCAACUGCUGUACAUCAAAUUAGAUGUAUACCUUCUUUCUUUGAACAUGUAACCUAUACUAUAGUGUUACACUUCACUGACGCCAGAAAUCAUAACGAUCACCACAAAAUCAGAUAACGUGAUUGUUGGGGAUGGAUCAAGGUUUAUUUACUUUUUCAUAAUUAACAAAUAAAGCACGCAGGAAGCGGCUAGAGCACAAAAGAAGUUUAGGGGAAACAGGAGACAGUCGAGUGUUUCUUCCUACGUCUUGAGUGCUCUAGUCGCUUCCUAAUUACGUUCCAAGAGAAGAGAGCACAAACAAGCUUCUUUAUUUGUUUUACGAUAAAGAAUUAGUUAAAUUCCCCACGCACUGCUUUUUAUUUUCCAAAACAAACUACAUCUUCACAGCGAACCACGAGUGUCGUCAGCAUGUUACACUCUCAUAAGACAUGCUUAAAUUAGCCAAUCACAAUCAUUUUUCACUGAACGAAAAAUUUGAUUUACACCAAAUUUACUUGGUGCAAGUAUGAUGCAAAAAAAGUGCAAACUAAGGUUAAAUCAAGGGCAAACAGGGUCAAUACCUUAUUUGCCCAGGAAUUUACAGCCCCAUGUAAACUUUUAUGCAAAUAAGGUGUUUACUAUCCUUGCCUUUGAUUUUAGAAUGGCCAAAUGAUUUGAUUGGUUGAAUAAGACAAAAGCUGUCAAAGCUGUGAAAGCAUAAAAGCUAUCACAAAGUGAAACGAGCGAAACAUUCCGUGAAUUUAAAUGCAGAGAAAUGUAUUUUUUACGUCCAAAAAUCAGUUUCUAGAGGUAACAAGUUCUUUUAAACCCGGCCGAAUUGCUGUUCAUGAAAAUCUGGACGUCAAAAAACAUGACAAUUUGAAAGCAAACUGCUCGUUUCGAAAAGUGCCCCAAAACUGGACCCUAAAGUAAGCUUAUUCAAAAAUUCUAUAAAAUUCGCGGACGUUUUCGCAGAAGUCAUGCUGUAUUCUCGCGAUCGAGUUUUGAGCUAAUGUUAUGAAGGAACAUAUAAAUAGACAGAGAAGUUAUUUGUUGAAAAUGUUUAUUCGAAAACUAAGAAGUUAAUCGUUUAAAGCAAGUUUCAUCGGAUGAGCACAUGGAAAAAUUCAACACAAAAUCCAUGUCAAAUAUUAAUCGGGGUGCAUUAUGUAAUUUUUCUUUAGGGCAGAUGACCAAAUUUAUAAAACAGUUAUACAUACCUUAUUCGUACUUAUUAUUCAUUCAAAAUAAUUCCUCGAUUCUGAUUGGCUAAAAGCACACGUUUAAUUCACCAUAGCCAGUUUCUGAUGACCAAAUUUGGAAGAAUUCUGUGUUUAGCGAGGAAAUGACGUCAAAAAUGCAGCUUUCGUGCAGGUUAAUGCACCGUUAACCGAGAAGACCUGGGGACGAGGUUGAGUUGUUUUGGUUGUGAACUUGAAAAAUAGCGGACAUUUCACUCGUUUCAAGAGUAAGAACUAGGCGAAAAAAUGGCUAAAAACAUGGCAAGAACAGUAAGAAGACAACUCGAAGGGCGAGAUCUGCUAUUUGGAGAAUAUUUGCGGAGCUGGACUGAACCUAAACGUGCACUAUCGAAGAUGAAUUUAACAUCGAUGGAUCGAUAGAGGUAAGCAUGUUUUAGUCGUGUUUUUAAACUAGGAAUUAUUUUGAAUGAAUAAUAGAACAGUUAUUGAAUUCAGCUUUCGUAUCAUAUUUAGAAUUAUGGUGAUCUCGGAGGGUGUUAUCCGCCUCGGCCUACGGCCUUGACGGAGAACACCCUCCUCGAUCUCCAUAAUUCUUCAUAAGAUACUCAGCCUCAUUCAUUACUGCGCUUUUCACAAACAUGCGAACUCUAAAGUUCAAAAGCCGCCUUCACAAUUGCGUUUUUCGCUGCGGUCAAUCAUAAUUACGAUCACAAGCAACGAACCUGGAAACAAAGAAACACACAAAACGGAUCGAAAUCUACCAAUCACAAAUCACAAACCUUGACCUUUUGAACCCGUUAAAGUAAAAUUUUGUUUCCUAAGAGGUCCGUUAAGAUGAUUAACGGCAGCGAAAAACGCAAUCGUCAGUUGGUUUUUGAACUUCAUAAUUCGCAUGUUUGUGAAAAGCGCAGUAAUUGUUAAUUAAUUUCGUGCGUCUUUAAUUUCGCGAUUUUUGCGAUUGUAAAAAAAUCGCGAAAUUAAAGCCUCGCGAAAUUUACACACGCGAAAUUAAAUUCCAUGGUAAGAAAUUUGAAUCACAAAAAACUUGAUAAACAUGAUCAACAACGACAUGUACAGCUUAUGUAUCGACAUGAAUAAUAAAGUAUUCACUAGUAAGCUCUAUUUUGCAUCUUGUCAAGUGUGAUCAAUAAAGGUAAUUUGCAAAGAUUUCACAUGAAAAUAUCGAGCAGAAAACCUAAAUACUCAUCCUCAUCUGAAUUACUUUUUUUCGAGCAAAUCCCUUAGAAUAUCUUUCGUGCAGUCGUCAAAAUUGCCAUUAUUUGGUUCCUUGUAAUUCUCAUUCACAAGUUUCUUGUACCGUUCCAACACUGACACAUUCUUCGAGGUGGAGUCGAUUUCGAUGCAAACAGUGACAGGAAUUUCAAGGCCACCCUGUAUGAGAGGGGAUCGGCGAUACUUAGAAUCAACUACCGUUACUUUAACGUUUCCCCCUCUUGAAACAAGAGAGCGCUUGUACCUGGAAAUCUCUUGGUAAAUGCCCCACAAUUGAAUCGGAUAAGCGGCCUGGAAGUCGUGUGGUUGCUGCUAUCGCAUAACAGUCAUGAUCGUUAUUUCUUUCAUGGAUAAAGUGCAAGGUUUCUUUAAUUACUGGUUUCCAGAUAUCUUGAUACACGUGAAAUCCUCGUAAACCACACGGGAAGGUGGUUCUAAUGGAAUCAUUCAUCUUACUGGUGUUAAUAGUGUAGAAAAUACCGGUAUAUUUUCAAGUAGAUCUUGUACAAUAAUGAAUGUGUCUUUUCACAAGACAUGUAAAAUGAAACAAAUUGACAAAAGUACGUGCAUAAAAUCAAAUUUUGAUUCACAUGUCUGUACCUGUCAGUUCAAAUGCUAUUAGCUACUGACCUUUGUACCCUUGUUAUUGCGAAAGCACCUAGCCUGUAGAGUCUUUUGAGUGGAAGAACAUUUGUACCAUGUCCCUAUUUCAGUUUGGGUUCACUGUUAAAGAAACAGGAAAUCCCCAAGAAUCUACCCCAGUCUCACUCACCAAAUGCUGCUGCAUGUGGCUAUUUACCAGAGCAGGAGGCUACUUCUCUUGGAACCGAGGAAUACAAUGCAGUUGUAUUGUCGUUGGGAAACAUUGUAGAUCCUGACAAGAACUCUUCGUCGAAUAGAAAGCGAGGAAAUUACAACCAUUACUCGCCGAAAAUGCGUGCAAAAACCGGUAAGUAUGCCAGUGAAAACGGAAAUAUAAGAGCCAUAAAUCACUUCAAAGCACAGCUACCGAACCUUACAGAGAGUACCGUGAGAACCUUCAAACAAGCAUAUCAGAAGUAAUUGAAGGAAACAAAGAGACAAGGAGGAAUACAAGAAUUCCACACGGCACUCGUGGUCGCCCGCCCAUUUUUCUUGAUCUUGACCAAAAAUUGAUAUCACUUUCAAAGAGAAUACGAAACAGAGGUGGUUUUGUUAAUUUUAGUGUUGUCGAAGCCUCAGCCUUGGCAUUGAUAAAGAGAAAUCCCGCGAAAGACUUCAGGGGAUUUGAGCCAACCUCAACGUGGGUCAGAUCAAUUUAUCGACGGUGUAAUUUUUCCAGGCGAGCUGGAACCACAACAAGACCUCCUGUGCCUUUAGGAAUAUACAAAUAGUGCAAACUAACCUUUUUACUGACAUCGAGAGAUGCAUUGCAACGCACAGUAUUCCUCCGCAACUUGUUCUUAACGCCGAUCAGACACCCUCAUCGUACGUUUCCGUUGAAAAAAUGACAAUGGUAGCCCGCAGUUCCUCUUCUGUGCCAAUCAAAGGCCUUACAGACAAAAGAAACAUGACUCCUACAUUUGUUAUCUCCUUAAACGGCGAUUUCCUGGCCAUGCAAAUAGUUUACCAAGGAAAGACGCAAGCAAGUCAACCGAGAGGCUUUGAUUUUCCACGAGGGUUUGCGGUAACGCAGAAUCCCAAACAUUACUCGAACGAAUUGGAAGCUCUCAAUCUACUUGAAAACAUUAUUCAGCCAUAUGUUGCUCUAAAGCGAAAAGAAUGAAAUCUUCCACCAACACAGAAGGGGUUGCUGAUUUGGGAUGUAUUUAAAGGCCAGAAGACAAACAAGGUCUUAUGCAAGGUGGCAUCGCUGAAUAUUGAAGUUGUCAGUGUGCCAGCAAAUAUGACCCAUUUUUUCCAGCCUCUUGAUUUGACUGUUAAUAGAGAAGCAAAAAAGUUUAUGAAAGGCUAAUUCACUGUCUUGCAUUGGUACUCGGCGCAAACUCAAAGUCAACUAGAUUCAGGGGUGGUCCCCGGUGAUGUUGAUGUUGACCUGCGACUCUCCGUUCUCAAACCAAUUCAUGAAACUUGGAUCGUUAUCAUGAUGUACAACCAUUUUUCUAGAUCUGAAGGCAGACAGUCAAUUGCAAAAGGAUGGAAGAAGGCUGGGGCAACUGAUGUUGUUAGUGGCUCAAAGAAACUUCCACCGAUCCCUUCAAAGAUCCCUUUGAAGACCUGGAUGUUUAGGAACAUUGCAGACUCUAGGACAAUAUGUACCUAA